AUGGAUAAACAGGUAAACGGUUUUGGAAGCACGUACAACAGUGUUGGUGGAUUUGGAAGUAAUCAUGGAGGCAUUAAUAUGAACAAUAAUAGUAACAAAAAUGAUAAUAACAAUGCGAAUUCUCUCCAAUUUUAUACGAUGAGUAAACUCAAACAGGAUGGAGAAACAGACAAAAUGAGUUCUCUGAUUGGAAUGAGAGAAGGAGUGGGAGGAAUAGGGGGAAAUGGAGGCUUUUCAGGAAGAACUGGGAAUAACAAGAUAUUCAAUAAUGCAAACUAUUCAAACUAUAAUUAUAAUGUAUCAGAAAUAGGUAAGGGUAAUAUUUCUCAAGUGUCAAAUUCAAAUUAUGUAAGUAAUAACAUUAAUAUGAUGAGUUCAAAUGUUGCAACUUCACCUAAUCAUUAUCAUCCUCCUCCUCUUUCCUUCAAUCCUUCAUCAUCCUCAAUAAGUAAUAAUGUCCCAAGAAAGUCUCCCUUUAAUAUAAAUGAAACUAACGACCAAUUUGGGGGAGGAAGAAGUGAAACAAAUGUGGGAGGAAUGAUGCCAAUUCAGGGACAACCUGGUAAUGAAUUCAACAAAUUAGGUGGAGAAACCUUUGGAAAUGUUCCUUUAGGGCCAAUGUCAGCCUCAUUCCCCCAAAAUGGAAGUUCUAGAAUGCAAACACUUGGUGGGCUAUCUACUGUUGAUUCUGGAAACCCAAUGGAUUCACAACAGGAAGAAAAGAGAUCAUCAUCUUCAAGUUUAACAAGUCUCAUAAAAUUGCUCAAUCCAAGUCUUCUAUGGUCAACGGGACAAUAUGGUUCAUCAUCGUCAUCUAAUUACAGAGAAACCCAACAAGGAGGAAGCGAGGACGAUUAUGACGAUAUUCUGAAUGAACCUCCCCUAUUAGAAGAACUUGGAAUUGACCCUGCUAACAUUGCAAGAUAUUUAAAAUGUGUCAUAAUGUUCAAAAGCAUCAAAGAAUACACUGGAGGUAAUUUUGGUAUGAAAGGAGAUGAAAAUAUGAACCACCAGAUUGAAUGGGAUAUGGCUGGCCCUAUACUAUUAAUUGGAUGUCUUGGGUUCUUCUUAUUAUUGGCAGGGAAAAUUCAUUUUGGAUAUAUUUAUGGAAUCGGAAUCCUAAGCUGUAUUGGGACGUAUAUCCUACUAAAUAUUAUGAGUAGUAGCCAAAGCAUUGAUUUAUAUACCACAAUGUCCAUUCUUGGAUAUUCACUCCUCCCAAUUGUAAUUCUUGCUGGUAUUUCUGUAAUCUUCUCACUAAGGACUAAAGUUGGAAUCAUUUUGGCCAUUUUCUUUAAUAUGUGGAGCACCAUUACUGCUUCAAGAUUCUUUGAAUAUACAGUAUCCCUUAAACACCAAAGAUAUCUUAUUGCCUAUCCUAUUGCUCUAUUAUAUGCUAGCUUUACUAUUGUUACCAUAUUUUAA